CUUCAUCACUCACACUCUCAGCCUUUCGACUCUUUCUUCACUCUCAAGCUCGAUACCCGAUACAAUCUAAUCAAAAUGGCUCCCAAGAUCGCCAUCGUUUACUACUCGAUGUACGGCCACAUCAAGCAGUUGGCCGAGGCCGAGAAGGCUGGCAUUGAGAAGGCUGGAGGCACUGCCGACCUCUUCCAGAUCCCCGAGACCCUCCCCGAGGAGGUUCUCGCCAAGAUGCACGCUCCUCCCAAGCCCACCGACGUCACCGUCCUCUCCGACCCUGCCACCCUCGAGAGCUACGAUGCUUUCCUCCUGGGUAUCCCCACCCGAUACGGAAACUUCCCCGGCCAGUGGAAGGCCUUCUGGGACCAGACUGGUAAGCAGUGGUCCACCGGUGGCUACUGGGGCAAGAUGGCUGGCCUCUUCAUCUCCACUGGCACCCUCGGCGGUGGCCAGGAGUCGACUGCCAUUGCCGCCAUGUCCACCUUCGCCCACCACGGAAUCAUCUACGUUCCCUUCGGUUACGCCAAGGCCUUCCCCCUGAUGGCCGACCUCAGCGAGGUCCACGGUGGCAGCCCGUGGGGUGCCGGCACCUUCGCCGCCGCCGACGGCUCCCGCCAGCCCACUCCCCGCGAGCUCGAGCUCGCCACCAUCCAGGGCGAGGCUUUUUUCGAGACCGUCGCCAAGUACACUGGUUGACUGCAUGGCAGCGAGACCAAGGCCGAGACCGGUGGCAAGUCCGCGCCUGCGGAGAAGCCCGUCGAGGCCAAGAAGCAGAAUGGUUCGGGUGUGAAAGAACAAAAAGAACCCAAGGAGGGUCCCUGUGGUCUUCCUGCGAAAUGCACUGUCCAAUAAACGAGCAGGAUUGCACCUAAUUAAAUACCAAAUACAUGUUGAUCGAUUAUCAAA